AGUCCCCUCCGGUUUGAGUUCUGGUCCCCAGCAUCUCAGCACAAGUACCUGAGCCCCGCGGGAAUUCCAGCAGUGUCUGCACAGUACCAGCUUCUAAGCUCAACAUGUAUGAAGCUUUGCCAGGCUCCACUCCUGAAAAUCAAGACAGCCUCCUGAAAGUGAAGGUAGAAGAUCCCGCCCGGGAGCAAGCAUAUGACUCACAGGAGCACAGCUCCCAUUUGCAAGAACUUUCCCGCCUGCAGUUCCGGCAGUUUUGCUAUCAACAGGCUCCUGGGCCCAGGGAGGCUUUGACUCAACUCCGCAAGCUCUGCCACCAGUGGCUGCAGCCGGAAAUGCACAGCAAGGAGCAGAUCCUGGAGCUGCUGGUGCUGGAGCAGUUCCUGGCCGCCCUGCCCGGGGAGCUGCAGGCCUGGGUGCAGAUGUAUCCUCUGCAGAGUGGAGAGGAGGCUGUGACAGUGCUAGAGAACCUGGCAGCUGGACAUGGAGACACAGGACAGCAGGCCUCUUUCUACACUCAGGGACAGGAAAUGCACCUAGUGGUGGCAGACUGUCAAGGAGCCUCUCUGGAGAGUCAGAGCCUCCAGCUCCUGCCGGGGGUAACCACGCUGCCAAGCGAAACUCCACAGCUCCCCCAAGACGUGGGUGGGUUUGCUCCCCGGAGACCAGCCUUUCUCCAGCAAGAAAGCUCCAGAGAGAAGGCAGAAGAGGGUGAGUGUAGCCCACCCCGGACCCAGAUGUCGAUGAAGAGGAGGGAAGAGCCCGCCCAGGCCUCCGCACUGAGGGAGUGGCCACAUGCAAGUGUGGCUCCGAGGAACCUCUGUGAGAACUCAGCUCAGGAGAUGGCUGCAGUCCGGAUGCACCAAGAUACCUGUGAAAAAAUACGACAAGGUGUCAAGACCUCAGGAGUAUCCAACAGAGAUUGUGUGUCCCACAACUCUUGUAGUACUGCUGUCCUUCCGGAAAAGUCAGUCUUGAAUAUGAACACUCCUGUGGAUCGUCACCCACCCCGUGACUUGUGGGCCCGGAUGCACAUCACAUCCUUGCAGUAUGCAGCGGGAGACAUUACUCGGAAAGGGAGAAAAAAAGACAAAGCUCGAGUGAGCGAACUGCUCCAAGGCCUUGCGUUUUCUGAUGACUCAGAUGUGGAGGAAGAUAAUGAGCCUGACAUACAGCCUGCUCAGAAAAAGCUGAAGGUGGCUGGCGUCCCAAAGAAGAGAUGGACUAAAAGAGACCUCAAUCCCAACUUUCCACAGUGGUCAGCAUUGGAUUCUGGACUUCUGAACCUCAAGAGUGAAAAGCUGAACCCAGUAGAACUCUUUGAAUUAUUUUUUGAUGAUGAAACAUUCAGCUUGAUUGUUAAUGAAACAAAUAAUUAUGCUUCUCAAAAAAAUGUCAGUUUGGAAGUCACAGUUCAGGAAAUGAGAUGUGUAUUUGGUAUCCUGCUUUGGAGUGGAUUUGUAAGGUGUCCCAGAAGGGGGAUGUAUUGGGAGAUCUCUGAUGCUGAUCAGAACCUGGUUAGAGAUGCAAUUAAAAGAGACAGAUUUGAAUUGAUUCUCGCAUACCUGCAUUUUGCAGAUAAUAAUCACCUAGAUCAGAAAGAUAAAUUUUCAAAAUUGAGACCUCUCAUAAAGCAAAUGAAUAAAAAUUUCCUCCUGUAUGCUCCCCUAGAAGAAUAUUAUUGCUUUGGUAAAUCAAUGUGUGAAUGCUUUGAUACCGACCAGUUUCUGAAUGGAAAGCCUCUUAGAAUUGGCUAUAAGAUCUGGUGUGGUGCCACCAUACAAGGUUACCUGGUUUGGUUUGAGCCCUAUCAAGAAGAAUCCACUUUGGAGGCAGACGAGGAUCUUGACCUUGGGUUAGGUGGCAAUCUAGUGAUGAACUUUGCUGAUGUUCUUUUAGAGAAAGGCCAGUAUCCCUACCACCUGUGUUUCGAUAGCUUCUUUACAAGUGUGAAAUUGAUGUCCGCUUUGAAGAAGAAAGGGGUGAGGGCGACUGGAUCAAUUCGUGAAAACAGGACUGGAAAAUGUCCACUUAUGAAUGCAGAACAUAUGAAAAAAAUGAAGAGGGGGUAUUUUGAUUUCCGAGUGGAAGAAAACGAUGAGAUAAUUUUGUGUCGUUGGCAUGGCGAUGGCAUUAUCAGUUUGUGCUCCAAUGCUGUAGGUAUAGACCCGGUCAGUGAAACAAGUGGUUUUGCUGAUCAUGACAAGAUCAUUCAGCCAAGUCAACCAGCCAUCGUGAAAUUAUAUGAGGAAUGCAGGAAAGGAGUAUCUAAAAUGGAUCAAAUUAUUUCCAAAUAUAGAGUGAAGUUAAGAAGCAAGAAAUGGUACUCCAUCUUGGUGAGCUACAUGAUUGACAUAGCCAUGAGCAAUGCAUGGCACCUGCACAGAAUCUCUAACCCAGGCACCUCUUUAGACCUCCUGGAUUUCCGAAAACGUGUUGCGUAUUUCUACUUGGGACACAAUGCUCAUCUGUCAGAUGAAGGCAGGUGAACAAAAUGGAGACAGUAACAGGCCAGAAAAAUUAGAGAGUAGCCCUACCAAAGCAGAUCUGAUGUAUAUAGUGUAAUUAUUAAGUACUAUUUUUUAAACCAGACAUUUACAUAGAAUUUCAAGUAAUGCUAAAAAAUAUCUGAGAGUGUUAAAUUCCA